AUGUAUAAAGGAAAACUUAUAGAGGUGUCCAGGGUUCUCAAAUCCAAAAAGAAGUAUGAUGUGUUUUAUGAAAAUGGAUUUCGGAGCUUCUUAGUGCCAUUUAAAUCAGUGACGCCAUAUAGAAACAUAGCUUCUGAAGAAGUAGAUGUACUAGAUGAAAGAGAUACUGGUUCUGAAGAAGGUUCUGAAGAAGAAGGUUCUGAAGGUUUUGAAGACAGAGACAAAGUUGAAAAGAAAGAUGAAAGAGAUACUGGUUCUGAAGAAGGUUCUGAAGAAGAAGGUUCUGAAGGUUUUGAAGACAGAGACAAAGUUGAAAAGAAAGAUGAAAGAGAUACUGGUUCUGAAGAAGGUUCUGAAGAAGAAGGUUCUGAAGGUUUUGAAGACAGAGACAAAGUUGAAAAGAAAGAUGAAAGAGAUACUGGUUCUGAAGAAGGUUCUGAAGAAGAAGGUUCUGAAGGUUUUGAAGAAGUGUGGGCUGUGAGGCUACUUGGCACUCUAGAAGUGAAAGACAACAAAAACAUCCAGAGGGAUAUUGAUAUCAUGCUAAAAACUCGAGCCAAUGGAGAUAUCUUCAUGGCCACACCUUAUUAUCUGAAAUAUGAGAGGAAGGGAAAAACUGUAGAACUCCUGGAUGGAGAAGUUGUCGUAGAGCAGCACCGGGUGCCUGAGAUAGAGCUGAAACCUCAUGCUACCAAAAAGAAGCUGCUUGCUGUAUGUCAACAAUACAAUAAAAAAGACCCUAGAAUACACUACAAAAUCACACUUUAUGACUGUGAUGCACAAUCAGCAGAGAUAUGCAAAGUCAUAAAUACUGAUGCUGACAGGAAUGCUGAUACUGAUGAUGAGGAGGAGGAGGAUGAGGAGGAGGAGGAGGAGGAGGAGGAGGAGGAGGAGGAGGAGGAGGAGGAGGAGGAGGAGGAGGAGGAGGAGGAGGAGGAGGAGGGGGAUUUGUGA